AUGGAGAGAUCCUCGCACAGUUCCUGCGGCGGCUUCUCCACCAGCCUUCCUCCCGGCUGCCCGCGCCAGAAACACAGCGAGGCCGGAGCCCAUGGCAGCUCCCAGCAGCUGACAGGGCCACCAAAGCUCAAAGAUGAUGACAUUGAAGAAGGGGAUCUUCCCGAACACAAGAGGCCUCCAGCACCAAUAGAUUUCUCAAAAAUUGAUCCGGGCAAGCCUGAAAGUAUCCUGAAGCUGACGAAAAAGGGGAAGACUUUGAUGAUGUUUGUCACGGUGUCAGGAAAUCCAACAGAAAAGGAGACGGAAGAAAUUACUAGCUUGUGGCAGGGCAGUCUCUUCAAUGCAAACUAUGAUGUGCAAAGGUUUAUCGUUGGCUCAAACCGUGCCAUCUUUAUGCUUCGUGAUGGAGGUUACGCCUGGGAGAUCAAAGACUUUCUGAUAAAUCAGGAAAGGUGUGCGGAUGUUACUCUGGAAGGUCAGGUUUAUCCUGGCAAAGGAGCAGAAGAAAGUGAGAAAGUGAAAAACAAAACCAAACCUGAAAAAGCAAAGAAGAAAAAAGAUGCAGACAAGAAAUCUAAUAGUGUCAAAGAGGACAACCGAGCAACCAAACAGAGAGAGGAUCUAUGACGGACAAGUUAACCAGACUCAAUACUGUUCUGCUGUUCC